CAUUUCAGCGCUGCUAACCAAAACAUUGCUAGUGAGACGAAUACAGCUGGCUUUGAUACGGAUUACGUGCUUCUAAAAUGAGCUCAGGCUCGACGUGUGCAGCUGUCGGGUGCCACAACAACUCAAAAAAGUUGAAGUUGUUGUUGGAAAGUACAUGUUUUGAACACCAGCAGCUUCGUAAACACUGUCCGUGUCCGGCGCCUUAUGCUUUGCACUCCGUACCGAAGGAGAAGGGAAGGAGCCUAGCGUGGCUUGCAGCUUUAAAACUGAAAUAUCCUCCAAAGAGGAUAUAUGUUUGCUCGUUUCACUUUGUUGAAAAGAAGCCUACAGAGCUGCAUCCUGACCCAGAGCUGUAUUUGGGUUACGAAAGACCACCAGAAAAAAAGAGAAGAAAGCUAGUUCGGGUGAGCCAAACGGCAUCUACAGCCACCAACCUUAAUGAAGAUGCAGACGGUGAAUCUCAUUGCUGUGUGGCCUUCCCCCUGGAACCCUCUGACACAGGACCCUCAGGAGUUGAAAGCAGUCAAUGUACAUCUGCCUCACAGUGCCACUCCGUUCACACACAGUGGGAAGACCGCACCCUACUUGAUCAUGAUUACACAAAGACAGGCAAGGAAAAGGCUAUGCGGGACCAGAUGACACAGUGUAAUGACUUUGGGUACUUCAUGCUUCAGAAUGACACAGAUUCCCCGCUGUACACUGGCUUAAAACUUGAAACAUUUGACACCCUUGUUUCAACAAUGGAAAUGUUUAACAGCAGUGCGUUUACAAUGCCCAUACGAGACCAACUACUGUUGACCCUUAUGAAAUUGAAACUGAACCGUGUGUUAGGAGAUCUGAGCAGGCAAUUCUGUGUAUCACAGAGUAUGGCAAGUAAGAUCAUCUCACAUUGGAUUGACAAAUUGGAGGAAGUCUUACGACCCCUUAUUCCAUGGCUUCCAAAGGAAACUAUCCAGGCAACAAUGCCAGCCGCAUUUAAAACAUUUCCAAAUGUUACAUGUAUUUUAGACUGCAGCGAGAGCCUACUACAAAAACCCAAAAACUUGGAUUCAAGGGGAGAAUCAUAUAGCCAUUACUAUUCACACAACACAGUAAAAUAUCUUGUAGCAGUUGCCCCAUGUGGACUUAUCAUGUUCAUCUCUGCAGCUUAUGGUGGUCGAUGCAGUGAUAAAUUUAUAACAAUGGACUGUGGGAUUUUAGAUUACUUGAAUGCUGGAGAUGAAGUAAUGGCAGACCGGGGCUUUUUAAUAAGAGAUGUACUCUUUGAAAGGAAAGGAAAGUUAGUAAUGCCAUCAUUCACUAAAAAAGGAGCUCAGCUCACUGAGGAACAGGUCACUGCAACUAGAAGAAUAGCAAAUGUUAGAAUCCAUGUGGAGAGAGCAAUUAGACGUUUGAAAGUAUAUAAAAUUCUGUCACAGGUUGUACCAAUUACCAUGGCUCCUAAGAUAGACAAAAUUCUCAGAGUAUGUGCUGCCCUUGUGAACCUGAGGGAUGAACUUAUUCGUGAUUCUGAGUAAUUUUAUGUAAGGGUACAAGUAACACUACUAUAUGUAUUCUACAUUAAAUUUAAAAAGUUGUGGCCAUACAAAGCACCAGAUCUGACACUGAUCCUGUUUUUUGAGAAAUAUAUUGUAACAAAACACAGACAAAUAAAUGUCUAGAGAAAGAUAUCUUGGAACAAUGCAUGGAUGUAAUACAUUACCAGUGUUUAAUUGAUCAGCAAAUUUUAUACAUGACAAUUUACAAUAUAUUUGAUGCAUGUAACUACAAAUCUUUAAACACAGUCUUUCACAAAUAGCAUGUUUAACUCCCUACUGUGAAUAUUUGUACAGAAUGUGCACUAAAGUUGA